AUGGUUACGAAAGGGAACGAUGUAAGACGACUGUCGACUUAUAGUAAGAAUGUCUAUCUGUACUCAAGUGGUGAAAUCCAUACUCAAAGAUUAUUUAAUAAAAGAGCUAUUUCAAACUCUCCGUUUCACUCUAUAAAUGAUACUGGUAAUGGAUUGGAAAUACUGCUUGAUAAAGAUGCAACUGACUUUGAAGAUGUUAUAUUAAGAUCAGGAACAACUAUCCCACCAGAUGAAAUAUUGGGUUCAGCUAAUCCAGGAAGGAUAAAAAUUCCUAUAAAGCAUAGAAACGAAUUUCCCAAAGAUAAACAACUACCAUCAUCAGAUUUGUUACAGAUUCUUCAUUAUUUUACAAGUAAAAAGUUGACUAAAUCAGAUCUGCCAUCUAUGAGUAUACGAAAGAUGGAUGAAACUUCAUUGCUAGCACUCGGUAUAAUGAUUGAGCUGUGGAUUGAUGAUAUGGUAGAUGAAGACACAGCGAAGAUGUUUCUACAAUUCAAUAAGGACGCAAAAACGAAUAGUCUGCUUCAAAGCUUUUUAUCAUCAAUGUCUUCGCCCAACAGAUCCGACGGAAGCAGUAUUGAAAGCGCUACUGACGAUGAGGAAGAGCUGUCAGAAGAUACUUCUGAUUAA